AUGAAGGGGCGUGAGGCGAAGAAGAAGGAAAAGGCUCGCGCCCGUAUCGAGGCCCACACCACCGGCGCCUACGGCAUCGGCGGCCUACAGGGGGACUACUCCAUCGGGGCGGACACCAACACGGUCGAGACUGAGCACUAUUUGCAGACCGACGAGAUCACAAUCCUUGCGGGGGACUUUGACAACAUGGCCCAUGCGCAAGCAAAUCCCGACAUGGUGGUGGACCACCAAGGUACCUCACCCACCAAGCGCAGAGCACCGGAACCGGGGGACGGGCUUACCCUACAUCUCGACGUCAUUCGAGAGGCCAUACGCGGGGAGCUCAAAGACGCCUUGUCUGAUGUGAAGCAGGACAUACGCAGUUUCUCCGCCCGCGUGGACAACGUCGAAAGUCAGGUCACCAAGAAAAUGCAACAGACCCUCAACCUCCUUGACGACAUGACCCAGAAGUACUCGCAACAGGGGGAUGUUCUACAACAACUGCAGGAGGCCAACAAGGAGGUGAACCUGCGCCUGGAGCGCUUGGAAAAGAGCGGGGGAUCAUCCGCGGCGGGGAGCACAAUCGCUCCAUCAGACAGCUCCCGAAAACCUGCCCUGAUCAUCGGGGGAUGGGAUCCUGACGCACUGGCCGCUGACACCAAGGAUGCAGUCCUCGACGUGCUCAAAACAGUGGAAGCACCGAUCGACACAACACCGCUCUUCGUGCCAGGGGUAAGGCGAGGAUACGCCAUUCUCCCGAUCGACGAACCCAUGGGGGAGACCUUCGAACAACGCCGAUCCCGUGUACAAGAAGUCAUUGCCAAAGUUCGGGGAGCCAACAUCCACCUGGGGAACAAGGCUGACGGCACCCCAAAGCGAGUAUGGAUUGCUAUGUCGCAACCACCAGACCGACGACGCCGUGCCAGACUUGCAGCAAAAACAAAGCGCCUCUACUUGACGCUGGGGGGAGAGAAAGGAGCCCUUCAGAUGGAGUUCAGCACAGGAACUGCUUGGGUCAACAACGUGAAAGUGAGCUCGGCUACAGCACCACGACCCGGGGGGACCGAGGAAGCCGGUCCAGGAUGGAUCGACCUCGGCGCCAUCGCCAAAGCCACACGAACCUCCAAGGAAGCUACGGCCGCUGCUUGGUCUCCGCUCAAGGCGGAGAUCAACUGA